AUGUCAACAGAUGUCAAAACUACAUGCAAGUUCUCCAAACCUCACAUCACUGCCUUUAGUGAUAAAUGGGCCGGAGAAACAACCUGUGCUAUGGCAAUAAUUCCAGUGAGAGUAAAACUGAAAAAUAAACCGUAUAGCAUAGAAACUUAUGCAUUCUUUGACUCUGGCAGCAGUGUGUCAUUUUGUACAGAAAACAUAAUGCAUAGGCUUGGAGCAAAUGGCAAGAAGAAACAAAUCACUAUAAAGACAAUGGGGAAUUCUCAGAGAUUGAACACAUAUGUUAUCAGUGGUUUGCAAGUGUGUGGACUUUCAAUGGAACAUGUGAUUGAUCUACCGAAUGUGUAUACAAAGGAACAUAUGCCUGUAUCAAAAGAACACAUUCCAACGCAGCAAGAGUUAAAACAGUGGCCACAUCUCUCAACAAUUCAAACAUCAGAAAUAGAUGCAGAAAUUGGAAUUAUGAUUGGAAAUAACAUUCCAGAUGCCUAUUCUCCAUUCGAAGUAAUUGCUGGGCCAAGUGGUUCUCCCCACGCAACAAGGACACGACUAGGAUGGAUAGUAUGGAAUGUCAUUAGAGAAAAUGCAUCAGAUACAUAUGACGUAAACAAAGUAGCUAUAGAAGAUGCUCAGGAAAGAGACAGAAACUUAGAAAAGAUGGUGAAAGAUUCCAUAAACUAUGACUUUCCAGAACGUCUUGUGGAUGACGUAAAAGAAAACUCUUUAGGAGAUAAGAGCUUCUUAACUCAAGUUUCAGAAUCUAUUCACAUUCAGGAUGGUCAUUACUCAAUUGGACUUCCGUUUAAGGAUCCCUUAGUUCAGUUACCCAACAAUAUCAUGCAAGGAUUUCAGAGACUUGGGAGUCUAAAGAAGAAACUGAUAAAGGAUCCAAAGGUUAGAGAUGACUAUGUGACUUUUAUGAACAAGCUGUUUGAGAAGGGAUAUGCAGAACCUGUUCCACAAAGUCAGCUACAAAGAGAGGCUGGCAGAGUGUGGUACCUACCGCACCACGGAGUUUACAACAAUAAAAAACCAGGGAAGAUUAGAGUUGUGUUUGACUGCUCUGCAGUGUAUAUGGGGAUUUCACUAAACAGCCAGUUACUCCAAGGACCCGACCUAACAAAUAGUUUACUUGGUGUACUUUUAAGAUUUCGUCAGGAGAAAAUUGCUAUACAAGGAGAUAUUGAGGCUAUGUUUCACCAAGUAUUAAUCCCCGAACAAGAUCGAAACUGUCUAAGAUUUCUGUGGUGGAAGGAUGGCAAUCUAGAUGCCAUCCCUGAACAAUACAUAAUGAAAGUUCACAUCUUUGGAGCCACUUCCUCUCCAACUUGCUGUAACUAUGCACUACAACAGACAGCUAAAGAAUAUGGUUCCGACUUUGAUCCUACAGUGGUGACCACAGUACUCAAGGAUAUGUAUGUAGAUGACUGUUUGGCUUCGGUUGACACAGAGAAGAAAGCGGCCCUACUCAUUAAAGGUCUGUCUACACUUUGUAGCAAAGGUGGUUUUCAUCUGACAAAAUGGAUUAGUAACUCAAAACAAGUCUUAGAAUCUGUUCUAGAAGAUGAUCGAGCUAAAGAUGUGCAGGAAUGGAACCUUGAAGGUGAAAGUGAAACACUCGUAGAACGUGCACUAGGUGUGUACUGGCUUGCUAACAGUGACCAUUUAGGAUUCCUGAUAAACAUUAAAAAUCAGCCAACAACCAGAAGAGGAAUUCUAUCAAUAGUGAGCUCAAUAUUUGAUCCUCUUGGUAUCGUGUCACCUUUUGUGAUGACAGCAAAGACACUUCUUCAAAAAAUGUGCAAAAAUUCAAUUGGAUGGGAUGAAGAGAAUACAGGAAGUCAGCUUAAGGACUGGAAAAAUUGGCUGACGCAAGCAAAGGAACUUGAAAAUGUAACACUUGAAAGAUGCUACAAGCCACAAGACUUCGGGAGAACGACAUGUCAGGAGUUGCAUUGUUUUGCAGAUGCCAGUGAAGUUGGAAUAGGAGUUGUUAUAUAUCUACGACUCAUCAGUGAGACUGGAAAAAUCCACUGUUCCUUUGUUCUUGGAAAGUCACCGUUAAAAACAGUGACGAUACCGAGGCUUGAGUUGACGGCAUCAACUUUAGCAGUGAAAUUAUGCAAGAUAGUUACAAAACAGUUGGAUAACCAAGUUGAUCAAGUUUACUUCUGGACAGAUAGCAUGUCAGUUCUUCGUUACAUAAAUAACACAAAAACUCGUUUUCAAACAUUUGUUGCCAAUAGGCUUGCCAUAAUUCAUGCAGCAACUACAGUCAACCAGUGGCACUAUGUCAACUCUAAAGAUAAUCCAGCAGACUGUGUGUCAAGGGGAAUACUAGUAGUAAGUAGAUUUCUUGACUCAGCAGCAUGGUUCAGUGGUCCUGAGUGGUUAUGGAAACCGGAUGUUUCAUGGCCGUCUUCUGAAAUCAUUAGUGAUUCGUCAGAAAUUGACAGUGCUGAAAUAAAGGACAGCAUCAACACAGCAGUUAAAACAGAAACAGUGGAAGGAAUGGAAAGAUUACUCCAGCACUUCUCUUCCUAG